AUGUCGUUAGAUUCUGUUCUGCUCAUCGGAGGAGCCGGCUUUCUCGGGCUGCACCUGAUUCAACAGUUCCACGACGUCUCACCAGGGCCUAAGAUCCAUGUCUUUGAUCUACGUCCUUUACCUGAAGUUCUACCAAAGUGCUUCACUUUCACGGCAGAUGACGUUGUGUUCCAUCAGGGUGAUAUCACCUCGCCAGCUGACGUUCUCAGGGCGAUCGAGGCUUCCAAGUGUGACGUUAUUGUCCACAGCGCGUCGCCAGUCCAUGGCCAGAGACAGGAGAUCUACGAGAAGGUCAACGUUGAGGGAACGAGAAACGUUCUUCAAGUGGCUCAGAAAGCUGGUGUGAAGGCUCUGGUGUACACGUCGUCAGCCGGUGUCAUCUUCAAUGGUCAAAACAUUGAGAAUGCUGAUGAGAAUUGGCCGAUUCCAGAGGUUCCAAUGGAUGGAUAUAACAAGACAAAAGCGGAAGCUGAAGAGAUGGUAUUGAAGGCCAACUCCUUCAAGGACGGGUUCCUGACGGUAGCAUUGCGUCCUGCUGGUAUCUUUGGUCCAGGCGACCGUCAAUUGGUUCCAGGCUUGAGACAGGUGGCAGCUAUGGGCCAGUCCAAGUUCCAAAUAGGUGAUAACAACAACUUAUUCGACUGGACCUACGCUGGCAACGUUGCUGAUGCCCACGUCCUCGCUGCGCAGCAGAUCCUGGAUCCAGCAAAACAGCACAAGAUUGGAGGUGAAGUGUUCUUCGUCACCAACGAUGCUCCAACGUAUUUCUGGACGUUGGCUCGUGCUGUUUGGAAGCAAGAUGGCCACAUCGAGAAGUUCAACAUUGUUCUCCAGAGACCAGCUGCCAUAGCUGCAAGCUAUCUCUCGGUGUUCUUCUCAAAGCUGUUGAAGAAGGAGCCUGGUUUGACUCCAUUCAGAGUGAAAGUGGUCUGUGCUGUUCGUUAUCACAACAUCACCAAGGCGAAGACUGUCUUGGGCUACUACCCAAGAGUCAGCAUCGAAGAAGGCAUUACAAAGACUCUAGAAUGGAUGGAUGAGGGUAAGAAAUGA